GUGGUUAGUAGUCUAAGAGACAUACGUUUUUGGUCAAGGACCAUAAUGGUCGACCAUAUUAUAAGUUGGACGACAUAAGGCACAGUACGUCCAAGUGUUCUUCUGCGAAAUUCUAAGAGAAAGAAACACAGACACUCCAAGCUCACUGAAUCAAUAUUUACAAGUCCUUACACAGACAUCUUCAGUGAUGCAUUCAUCAGGGGGAGUAGUGUGUGUUGUACUCUUUUUCCUUCACCAAGGUUUUGUCCCACUGGGUUUUCCUGGUAAGGUUUUAAUGAGGCAACAUGAAGCACACUAUGAACUCUGAAACGGUUAUGGCGUCCAAGGGGGAGUGUUAUAAACCAUUGGAUGGACGGACAUAACUGAACCGUACCGGACAGUACCGGACGGACGUACCGGACAGACAAUACCGAACCGGACCAGACGCAUGAGGAAGAAAGGAAGACUUAGACUUUACCAUAUUAAUGCUUUGUAUUAGGAUAAUACUAUUUCCAUUUAUCUAUUCCUUGUAACAUGUAUAUAUAUAGUUGCCUAUUGGCACAUCAAUAAUAAGAAGAAAUACAAGUUUUACAACAAGAAUAACCAUUUGUUGUCGAUGAAUACGUCAAAGAAGAGAAACUCCAUUAAAACUACAGGUGAUUAUAGUCGUAGGUUCUUUACUAUUUAUUUUCACCUCUGUAUCCACCAAUUUAUCUUCAGCUACUCCCUUAUUUCCGUGAUUCUAAAGAUAGAGUACUUUCAUAGUUCUAUAUAAGAAAUCUUGAGUUUUAAAAGAUUAAACAAAAAAAAAAAAUACUUUUCUCAUAAAAUGUCAAGAUUUCAAAAUUUGUUAUGUUUUACGAUCCUUCUUGCAACCGUAACCUUCUUCAAUGUAGCUUCAGCUCACGUAAAAAUUAAACUUGCUUUACCACAGACCGGAGGUCCAAUAAAUGUGGGUGAUGUCGAGCUUUAUACUGUUAAGGUUGUGUCUACUUUCGUGGCCGACCUCGAAAAAGAAUGCGCCAAGACAGAGAAGGUUAGGCACUUCUUCGAAAAGGUUAAUGAAUUUUCAAAGUGCGUAUGCUCGGUCUCUAAAGUGAAGGAUCAUGAGUCUCACAUGAAGGCUAAGGCAGGUAGCCUUUUCCAGGCCAUAUCAGCUCUAGGUUCUGAUGAAAAUGGAUCUAAAGGAGGAAAGGUAAAUAAGCUACAAAAGGAGAAAACUGAAGCCAUGGAAACCGUCAAAAUGUUGCAAUCUAUUGGUGAGAAGAUUACCGGCGGGAAGAAUAACGAAACAGAGAUGAAGGAAACCUUAAAACUAACCACAAAACAACAAAAAGAAAUAAAAGAUGGGAUCUUAGAAUGGCUUAAUGUAAUUAAUCGAAUCGCAAAGAAAGCAGAUGAAAUUAGCAUGAAAUCUUCAUCUAUAUCUGAAACAAAGAAAGAGAGCAAGGAAGAAAAAUCUGUAGGACCACGAAUAUUGGCUGAAACAAAAUCUUCCACCAAAAGUAAUAAAAAUUCUGACAAGGGGAGCGAUAAUAAGAAAAACAAAAAAGGAGAAUCAAAGAAGAAGAAGAAGAAUGGCGGUAAAGAAGGGCGUGAUGGCUCUGCUAAAUCUAAAAGAGGAAGUGAUGAUAAUAAAAACAGCAAAAACAAAAGAAAAAGUAGUGAUAAUGCUAACAAGAAUCAGCAGACCAAGUAUGGUAAGGUAGAGAAAAAGAAAGGAGGUGUUGAGCAAUCUCGUAAUAAAACAGCAGAAAGAAUUAGGGCUGAGGAGGCCGAUGAGUUGGACUAGAAGAAAGGACUCUGCGGUCUCUCUAUCUUUUUUCCAAAAUUUUGUCGUUAAAUAAUACUGAAGAUGGAAGACUUAGUUUAAAGAUAUAUCAUAUAUGUGUUUACUUUUUUUUCUUAAAUUUCUUUUGUAUAUAAUGACCAUAGCAAUAUAAGCUGCUAGAUGGUGACGAAGAUAAGGUCAUAGAUCCGAUCGACAUGAGAUCGUGAUCUUUAUUUUUUUGUAAUUGAUUUUUUCUUAUCAAUAAAGUAUUUGUCAUUCUCGUUA